AUGGGGGAGGGAGAGUGCGAAUGUGAGAAAGUAGAGAGGUACUUUAAAACUCUGGCACAGUUUUGCCUGAGUAGAGUUAAUUUCAGAAAGACCGUGCUGGUCUUAGGACUGACUUACUUCACUUUCAUGUACUUAUUCCACAGCAAACUUCAAAACGAUUACAGAGACAAGAGUCGUUACGAUGAUGAUUCCUACGACAACGAUGAUAACAUCAUCACAAAAACUGACCUACCACAUGAUGAUAAUAAUAAAAGUGCCAUGACUCACGGCGAUGAAAGCCGUAAUAGUAAUGGUAGGACUAGUAAUAGUAUUAGUAAUAGUAAAGAAAGUAAUAGUAAUGAUAAGAAUGGUGGCGAUAGUAGUAGUAGUAGUAGUAGUAAUAAUAAUAAUAAUAAUAACACCAACACUAAUAGCAAAGGAGGCAUAAUAAAAAUAGCAUCUAAAAACAAUAAUAACAAUAAUAAUAAUAUCAAAUAUGAUGAUGAUGAUGAUGAUGAUAGUAACAACAGAAAUAAUAAGAAUAAUAAGCUAUGGAAGCUGGCUCAUCAGUUCUUCUGGAUGGGAGGUGUGUACGGGAAGUGUUGUAAAUACUUGAAAAAGUUUGCUAAUAAUAUUAAUAAUAAUCAAGACGACAGCGUUCAAAAUCUCAACAUGAUGCCACCACAACAAACACAGCCACCACAACAACCACAGCCACCACACGAAAACAGGACGUCGCGAUCUUCGGCGAUCUCGAUGUCGAACUGGUGGUCGAAAUCGUAUUCGAAGACUGUCGAAUUCGCUUUUGAAAAGUUCGACUUCACCUUCCAGCAGCCCCUUACGAACGCUCACGUCUUCUCUGCCUACUAUGACGAUCGUCCGAACGAUUUUGACAACAAACACAACGGAAGUCUCGUCAGGAUGAUGUUCUUCCUGCCUCUCAAACAAGAUCCACCGCCACUGUUUUGCGUUUUUACGUUGACUUUUGAAGAAGAUGAUGAUGAUGACGUUGGUGGUAGUGGUGGUGAUGAUGUUCGUCCGCGGCGACAGCCGGAAGUUGUGGUCAGUAGGGUUCAGAAAAAAUACGAGAUGUGUGAGAAUCAUGGGAAGAAGAUGGGUGGAUUCAUACUUUCAUGUCAUGUGCCAGCGGAAGUGAAGUCACCGCCAUGUUUCGUCGUCCUCUACCGGAAGGACCCAGAGGAAGAUGAUUUUGAUUGGUCGUCAGAGACCGGAACUAUCAUACCCGUCAGGAUACUUGGAUCACGUGAUCAUGGUGGUGUUGGUAGUAGUAGUAGUAAUAGUAGUAGGGGCAAUAAGAGUGAUGUUCUUGAUAGUCCGAGGCAAAGUAUUAAUAAUAACGCCAACACUGAUACUCACAUUGGAAGUUUGUUUCAUAAUAUUUCGUACAUUAAAAAUAACAGCAACAACAACAACAACAAUAAUAAUAAUAAUAGUAAUAACAAUAAUAACAACAAUAAUAAUAAUAACAUUGAUAAUAAUGACGUUGGUGAUGUUAAAUCAAAAAGUCCAAAUAUUGUAGUAAAUAAAAUUGAUAGUAAGAAAGAAAAAAACUCGACGGAGAGAAAAAAAGUGAAAAGAGAGAGUGAGAGAGAAAGUCGGUUCUCCAUCUGCAUAUCUCCACUUUUCGGUAACGUGACAACCUGGAAGUUACUUGAAUUCAUCGAGACGUCGGUAUUGUUCGGAUUCGAUCGAUUCGUCUUCUACGUUUACGAGGUCGAUUCGGAAGUCUUACAGCUCUUUAACUACUACACAUCUGCAUAUAAAGUCGCCUUCGACGUCGCAAACGACUUCAGCCACAGAAACAGUAGAAGCGGCCACUUCAACAAACGCAGAAAAAACAGAAGACCAAAUCGGCCUCGAAUUGAAAUCGUUCCCUGGCCAUUACCCCCUACCAUCAACACGCAAAGUUGGUACCACGGUCAGCUGGUGGCCAUUCAGGACUGCAUGUAUCGAAGUAUGGCGGUAGCCGAUUUUGUGGCGUUUGUUGACGUGGACGAGAUCCUAGUGCCCAAGUUGGAUUUCAAUUGGCGGCAGCUACCGACAUCUUUAUCCGAACGCAUCGAAUCGACCAGACAAUCUCAAAAUCCCGACAUAAAAACAGACACACAAACCGACAUGACGCAAAAACCGCCACGCCGUGCAAAUGUUUCUAAAAAUGACAUAACCCAACUACGGAGCCACACUAGGACGAGUAGCAUUGAUAACAUCAGGACAAAGUGUCUCGUUAAGCCAAGGCUGUUAUUCGAAACAGGGAUCCACCACAUCAGCAAGCCGAUCCUGGCCACUCUCGCCACCCAGAAGAUGAACAGCAGUGUGGCCCUACUGCACCAUUACAAAAAGUGCACUAACCACGCGAGGUUUCAGAGCUGCCAGAGUAAGGUCAAGGACUAUUAUUUAUCGGAGUCCAGAAUCAGUGAUGUGCUGGUUCGAAGGAUCGCUGAUGUCGUUGGCGAUUUGAGGGAAGGCGUUUUGAAGAGAAGAUUAUGA